GUUUACGGCACUCUGCUCCCACAACAUCAGACAACAUGGCGGAGGCGGCGCAGUGUCCCGGAGCCGGUGCCGCUUCUGCGGAGCUUCUGACGGAGAAUCAGGAGAGUUCAGCCGCGGGGAGAGACAGCGGGACACCGGGGGCGGCUGCCCGGGAGAAACCCGUGUGUCUCCUCGUGCUGGGGAUGGCGGGUUCCGGGAAAACCACCUUCGUUCAGAGGUUGACGGCUCACCUCCACUCCCUUAAAGCUCCUCCGUAUGUGAUCAACCUGGACCCCGCCGUGCACGAAGUCCCCUUCCCCGCAAACAUCGACAUCAGGGACACUGUGAACUACAAGGAGGUGAUGAAGCAGUACGGCCUCGGACCCAACGGAGGCAUCGUGACGUCGCUCAACCUGUUCGCUACACGCUUUGAUCAGGUGAUGCAGUUCAUCGAGAAGAAGCAGCACAAUCACCGGUACGUCCUGAUCGACACCCCGGGUCAGAUUGAAGUCUUCACCUGGUCUGCGUCUGGAACCAUCAUCACGGAGACUCUGGCGUCCUCCUUCCCCUGUGUCGUGAUCUACGUGAUGGACACGUCCCGCAGCGUCAGCCCCGUCACUUUCAUGUCCAACAUGCUCUACGCCUGCAGUAUCCUCUACAAGACCAAGCUGCCCUUCAUCGUCGUUAUGAACAAGACGGACAUUAUCGACCACAGCUUCGCGGUGGAGUGGAUGCAGGACUUUGAGGUUUUCCAGGACGCUCUGAACCAGGAAACCUCGUACGUUAGCAACCUGACCCGAUCCAUGAGUCUGGUUCUGGACGAGUUCUACACAAACCUCAGGGUGGUGGGCGUGUCCGCAGUGACAGGAAGUGGGUUGGACGAGCUGUUCGUUCAGGUGGAGGAGGCCGCCGACGAGUACGAGAAGGACUACCGACCUGAAUAUGAGAGACUCCGUAAACAGCUGAUGGAGGCUCAGAACCAGAAGCAGCAGCAGCAGCUGGAGCGGCUGAGGAAGGACCUGGGCGCCGUCCACAUGACGAACACGCCUCCUACAGAGGACGUGGACAUCGCCGGACCCAGUGACCUCAUCAUGAACCGCGGUAACCCUGACGAGGAGGAGGAAGAGGAGGACAGCGACACAGACGACAUCGACCACAGCGCCACGGAGGAGAGCAAAGAGGCCGACGCCUUCGGAAACUUCCUGACCGAGAGGAAGGAAGUCGUUCAGGUCCGAAACAAAAAGUGCGCGAUGCCUGAGGGACUCUGACCCCUGACCUCUGACCCCUGACCUCUGACUGUGCCUGUAAGAAAAGAACGACAGGAUGAUGGCGAGGGGAAAUGAGGAACCUCCUGAAGGUUCACAGACUAUCACCUGGACCAGAUACUGUAGAAGUUCAGCUGGUUCUCCCUCAGAUCUGAACUCUUGGGCUGAACUUCCUGUCUGACCUCUGACCCCGUGACCUCGCUCGGCGUCGCUCCUUCCCUUAAAAAAGAAAAAGUUCUAUUUUUAUAUCGGAAAAGACUCUAAUGUUCUGCUUUUGUUGUGUUUUUCUUUACGGUUGACUUUUAUUUGUGUAAGCACUGAAAGGAUUUCUGACCUUCAAAAUAAAAGUGAGCUCUUAGUUCA